AGUCGGUGCUGGUCCUGUCAGUACCGGGCCCUUCGCGUUCCGUGUCUUCCUGCUGUUCCUCGUUAGGCGACCCCGGGCCUCGCCGCCGGCUCCCCGGAAGUUCCUCGCUCUAGGCUCUGGCGCGAGUGCCCUCUGUUUCCCCACGGAGCUCACGUGCGGCCCAUGGCGGGGGCCGCUCCGACCACGGCCUUUGGGCAGGCGGUCAUCGGCCCGCCGGGCUCGGGGAAGACCACGUACUGCCUGGGCAUGAGUGAGUUCUUGCGCGCGCUGGGCCGGCGCGUGGCGGUGGUGAACCUGGACCCGGCCAACGAGGGGCUGCCGUACGAGUGCGCCGUGGACGUGGGCGAGCUGGUGGGGCUGGGCGACGUGAUGGACGCGUUGCGGCUGGGGCCCAAUGGCGGCCUGCUCUACUGCAUGGAGUACCUGGAGGCCAACCUGGACUGGCUGCGAGCAAAGCUCGACCCUCUCCGCGGCCACUACUUCCUCUUCGACUGCCCAGGCCAGGUGGAGCUCUGCACGCAUCACGGCGCCCUGCGCAACAUCUUCUCCCAGAUGGCACAGUGGGACCUCAGGCUGACUGCUGUCCACCUUGUGGAUUCUCACUACUGCACAGACCCAGCCAAGUUCAUUUCGGUACUAUGUACCUCCCUGGCCACCAUGCUGCACGUGGAGCUGCCCCACGUCAACCUCCUCUCCAAGAUGGACCUCAUUGAGCACUAUGGGAAGCUGGCCUUCAAUUUGGACUACUACACAGAGGUCCUGGACCUCUCCUACCUGCUUGACCACCUGGCUUCUGACCCUUUCUUCCGCCACUACCGUCAGCUCAAUGAGAAACUGGUGCAGCUCAUCGAAGACUACAGCCUGGUUUCCUUCAUCCCUCUCAACAUCCAGGACAAGGAGAGUAUCCAGCGGGUGCUGCAGGCUGUGGAUAAAGCCAACGGCUACUGCUUCGGGGUCCAAGAGCAGCGAAGCCUGGAGGCCAUGAUGUCUGCUGCAGUGGGAGCUGACUUCCAUUUCUCCUCCACCCUCGGCAUCCAGGAGAAGUACCUGGCACCCUCAGACCAAUCAGUGGAGCAGGAAGCCAUGCAGCUGUAGCAACAAGCUGGGCUCUGGAGAACAGACGCAUAACCCGGCCCUGGGGAAAGUGGCAGCUCCCAGUGAGCAGCAGACAGCUCAGCAGGCUGCAGAUCCAAGAGCAGCCCUCCCAGCCAGAAUUGGGCGGCUGGCGAGGGGACUUUCAGCCCUACAAAGGAUUUCUGGCCAAAAGCCAGACAUGGCACCAAGCAGAGCACCCUCUACACCCUCAGUGCUCAUGAGCUCUGGGUGCUACUGCCAGGAAUUCAGCACUGGCCCCACUCGGGUUAUGAUGGAAUGUGCUAUAAUACAAGAGUCUAUUUUCUA